GGUUACGCGAAAAACAAUAACAAAAAAUGCUCCGAAAGGCUCUUUUGACCUUUUCGGGCAUUGUCAGGCAGCAAAAUUGCGUCAAACAUGUACCUGUGAGAAAUGUUUCGCGUGAACAUCUGAGACACCUCAAGGAACUGAAGCAACAAGCGAGACUUUCCUUUAAGAAAGAUGAAAAAAUGGGAGCCGGUGGAUAUUUGUUGCUAAUUUGUCCUCUAACUGCAUUCGGUUUAGGCUGUUGGCAAGUACAAAGGAAGCAAUGGAAGGAAGAUUUGAUCAAAAAUCUCGACGAAAAGACCAAAAUGCCCGCUGUCCCAUGUCCUGACAAUCUACAAGAUAUCGAUUUCAUGGAAUAUCGCAAAAUUAUCGUUCGUGGUGAAUUUUUGCAUGAUCGCGAGCUAAUCAUGGGUCCUCGUUCCUUGAUCACAGAUGGAGAUGUUUCCACUGCAGGAGGCGGCAUAUUCACUCAACAAAGCGAAAAGCAUGGAUUUCAUGUUGUUACUCCGUUUAAACUUGAAGGACGUGACGAUAUCAUUCUCGUAAAUCGUGGAUGGGUUCCCGCAAGUCUUAAAAAUCCCAUGAAACGUGAAGCAGGACAAGUUAAGGGAAUUGUGGAAUUUGAGGGAAUUGUCAGGUUGCAAGAAGCUCGUCCACAGUUUCAACCAGAACAUCGUGAUAACAUGUUCUUCUAUCGGGAUUUGGUGAAAAUGUGCAAAUACACGGGAGCUCAACCGUAUUUUAUUGAUGCCUGUGUUGGAGCAACAGUGCCAGGAGGACCAGUUGGAGGACAGACGAGGGUUACUAUGCGAAAUGAACAUAUGUCGUAUAUCAUAACGUGGUUCAGUUUGUCCGCAUUUACGGGUUAUUUGUGGUACCAGAUGGUUUUCAAGAAAUUUGCCAGAAAAAGGUGAAGUUAGAUGAAGAAUAAAUUGCUAGUUGAAUUUUAAAGUGAUUUUUGGAAGUUACAAAGCAU